AUGUCCUCCUCGGGCUCCUCCUUUACCUCGUCGUCGCUCGGUCGCCCGCCAACGUAUGGGCGUACUUACGCCAGUCCAGUUGACUCGACUUGGACCCCGACCUCGGGCAUCUCGACCAUAUCCGCUCCCACAACCGAGGGCUCAGUCACACAAACUUCCACCCUCGACCUCGGCCCUCCCGGCUUCCAAGCAACAAUAAUUCUCUUCCAGGACACCCCCGACGAGCGUGUCGUCUAUCUCGGCCCCUGGGAAGUGGUGGGCUCUGAACAGCGCCGCAUCCUUUGGCAGGGCAGCUACCAGAACGAACUCCUCGAGCACUACCUGCCCUCCGACAUUCCCUCAGAUAUCCACCCCCAUACCCUCCACUCACGCCAUCGCCCCUACUACGACCCCGCGGACAUGGAACGGUAUCUGACCUUUCAGGAACCCCAUCGAAUUCGGUAUACGACGGACGAAGGCGUCUGUAUCCACGACCAGUAUAUAAAGGUUCGGUACGAAUUCACCACGGUCGAAGGCUCUAUCCAGUUUCAGGGCGAUGUCCGCAGAAAAGACCUCGUCGACUUCUACGACGUGGAUGUGAUUUGGACCAAUGUUCAUGGCCGCACUGAUAGUUUUGGGAAAGUCAAGGGCAUUGGAGCCAUCCAACGGCUCAAGCUAUGGAGAGACCGAUAUACGACCUUCCACUCGCUCAGCGUAUGGGCCAAUAAGACCGACGGCCAGUACCGCGAAUACGAGAUACACAACUUCGACGGCGAGGUUCGGGGGCGAGACGAUCGUGCGAAACAGCUCAAACUCAUGGCCCAUGGUCGACGCCGCAGCUCGACUGAUGACCAUCAACACCGCCGUUUCAACCUGGCUCAUCGAAUCCGUCCUCGGGUGAGGACUGGCAGUUCUUCGGAGCCCAGCCCGUCUCAGCAGUCGCUGGACAUACGAUACCUGGCCAUCCAGUUUACCGAACGCCAAGGUGGGGUUAUCCUCGCCAUCAACGCUGGCUCCAGCUCGGUCAAAAUCUCCGUCUUCACAGCCGACAAGGAUGCAUUGCCCCGCCAGAUCGCCGACACUCAGAUCAGCGGCCUCACUGCCCCGCCCGCCCAGCUAACAUAUGUCCGCCUCGGCGAGACGCUCAUCAAGGCCAAGGAGGUCUCUGAUGAGGUCAAAAGCCAGGACGACGCCUUUAAUUUGCUGCUCAACACACUCGUCGACGAUGACGGCCUGCAAGAGAUUCGCUCCAAGGCCGACAUCUCCAUUGCCUGUCAUCGCAUUGUUCACGGCGGCGACUACGACAGGUCUCAGAUCAUAACUCAGGACACAUAUCAUCACCUUGAAGAGCUGAGCGAUUUAGCGCCGCUGCACAACGGCGUUGCGCUUGGCAUCGUGGACACGUGCAUCCGGCUUCUCCCCGACGCUGUCAACGUCGCCUGCUUCGACUCGCAGUUCCAUACUACCCUCCCGCCACACAUCUACACAUAUCCCAUCAACCCCAAAAUUGCAAAGAGCAAUCGCUUGCGCAAGUAUGGUUUCCACGGCAUCAGUUAUGCUUUCAUUACGCGAUCCGUCGCCGAGUUCCUGAACAAGGACGUCGGCUCCCUCAACAUCAUCGCCCUCCACCUCGGUAGCGGCGCGAGUGCGUGUGCCAUCAAGGAAGGCAAGAGCUAUGACACUAGCAUGGGAUUGACUCCGUUGGCGGGUCUCCCCGGUGCCACGCGAAGCGGCAGUGUCGACCCAAGCCUUGUCUUUCACUACGCCAGUGAUGUGGGUAAGCUCUCUCCUGCAUCAACCAAGCACCUCCACAUCUCAGUCGCCGAGGAGAUCCUCAACAAGCAAAGCGGCUGGAAAGCCAUGACGGGCACCACCAACUUCGGCGUUGUCGCCGCUUCCGACGAUCCCGCCUGCCGCCUUGCAUUCGACAUCUUCGUUGACCGCAUCUGCGGCUUCGUUGGCUCGUAUUACAUCACACUUGGUGGCCGCGUCGAUGCCCUGGUCUUCGCUGGCGGCAUUGGCGAGCGCAGCGCCAAACUCCGCGCCGCCGUCGUCGAUCGUCUCGCCUGUCUCGGCUUCACUCUCGACGAGGCCCGCAACGCCAAACCCGUCACCAGCAUCGUCCAGGAUCUUGGUGCUGAGGGAUCCGAACAUGGCAUUCUCGUCUGCCAGACUGAUGAGCAGCUUGAGAUGGCUAGACUGUGCGCUGAGAAGGAGGACUUGUGGGAAUAG